UCGAUUGACAUGUAAAUUGGCAAUCGGCGUUAUUUUUUUACAUGUCAAAUUCGUUAACGUAAAGCGAAAAAUGCUUCGUUUUUACUAUUCUAACGUGUGAAAUUACUAUUUAAUGGUAUAAUUUCCGUAAUAUAAUCAGUUGUUGACGAGUGAUAAUAGUUAAUUCGACAAUGGACGUGGACACGGGCGGCCGCAGCUCGCGCUCCCGCAGCAAGUCCGUGGAAUCCGCGUCGAAGUCCCGCUCGCGCUCUCGCUCCGCAUCGUCGUCGUCCAGCCGCAGCGCUAGCCGCAAGUCCAAGUCCCGCAGCCGCAGCGGCUCUGCUGCCAGCCGCAAAUCUAAGUCCCGAAGCCGUAGUGGAUCUGCUGCCAGUCGCAAGUCCAAGUCUCGUAGUCGCAGCGGGUCCGCCGCUAGCCGCAAGUCCAAAUCUCGAAGCCGUAGUGGUUCUGCCGCUAGCCGCAAGUCUAAGUCCCGAAGCCGUAGUGGGUCCGCUGCUAGCCGCAAGUCGAAGUCCAGGAGCCGGUCACGAUCCUCGCGCUCGUCGCGUUCCCGCAGUGGUUCAGCAGUGCGUUCUGAUGCCGGAGAUCGCAAGUCACGGUCAAGGAGUGGUUCACCAGCCAAGUCGAGGUCGCGAAGUGGUUCCCCGAUGGAUCAGAGUGGCUCGCCGCGUAAAUCGCGCUCCAGGAGUGGUUCACCUGCCAAGUCGCGUUCAAGAAGCGGAUCUCCAGCUAAGAGUCGUUCGCGGAGUGGAUCGCCAAUGGAUAAAUCUCGUUCUCGCAGCGGCUCUAGAGUUAAAUCCCGUUCUAGAAGCGGAUCUCGGGCAAAAUCUAGAAGCGCUUCGCCGGCUAAAUCGCGCUCUCGUAGUGGUUCCCGAAAGUCGCGCUCCCGAAGUGGGUCCCGAGCGAAGUCCGGUAGCGGUUCGCCAAAGAAGUCCCGGUCCCGUAGCGGCUCGCCGCGGAAGUCGCGAUCUCGUAGUGGUUCGAGGGCUAAGUCCGGCUCGAGAAGUCGCUCGGGGUCGCCAGAGCGCAUGCAGGUCGAUGAGGCGGGACCCAGGCCGGAGUCACCUACCUUUACACAGGUCGAAAGAAAGAGCCGAUCACGCUCUAAAUCAGCGGGCCGCAAGUCGGCAUCCCGAUCUAAGUCCCGUUCUAAAUCUCGAUCCAAAUCUCGAUCGAAAUCCCGAUCCAAAUCCCGAUCCAAAUCCCGUUCUAAAUCUCGGUCCCGCUCUAAGUCCGGUUCGCGCUCGAAGUCCCGAUCUCGCUCUAAAUCUCGGUCCCGUUCCAAGUCUCGGUCCCGUUCCCGCUCAGGAUCUGGCAGCCGCUCGCGUUCGCGAUCUGGAUCGAGAUCCAAGUCGAGGUCCAGAUCCAAGUCCAGGUCGAGAUCUAAGUCGAGAUCAAGGUCGAAGUCGGGAUCUCGCUCGGGCUCGGCCAAAUCCAAAUCUAGAUCUCGUUCCCGCUCGGGCAGCCGCUCGCGCUCCGGCUCCGGGUCCCCGCGCGCAGACGCCAAGAAACGUCGUAUAGUCCGCCUAGCGAGUGACGACGAAGGCGAUGACGACGGGCCCCGCCCUGAGGGGGGCGGCGGGGGAGGGGAGGUGCCGCCGCCCGCGCAGGAUGACUCCUCUGACGACGAGGUCGCGCCCGACUCCAAGACGCAGGAGAUGGCGGGCGGCAUGUCGGACUUCGAGAUAAUGUUGGCGCGCAAGCGCGAGGAGCGCAAGGGGCGGCGGCGGCGCCGCGACAUCGACAUCAUCAACGACAACGACGACCUCAUCGCCGCGCUGCUGCAGCAGAUGCGCCAGGCCGCCGAGCAGGACCGCGAGCUCAACCGCAAGAACCAGCCCGCCGUCCGCAAGGUGUCGAUGCUAAAAGCGGCCAUGUCCCAGCUGAUCAAAAAAGACCUGCAACUUGCCUUCCUCGAGCACAACGCGCUCAACGUGCUCUGUGAUUGGCUGGCCCCCAUGCCGAACAGAGCCUUACCCUGUCUGCUCAUCAGAGACUCCAUACUCAAGCUGCUGCAGGACUUCCCGUCGAUUGACAAAUCUCUUCUAAAGCAGUCGGGCAUCGGCAAGGCGGUGAUGUACCUCUACAAGCACCCGAAGGAGACCAAGGCGAACAGAGAACGCGCCGGCCGGUUGAUAUCCGAGUGGGCCAGACCUAUUUUCAACUUGUCUACAGAUUUUAAAGCCAUGACGCGGGAGGAGCGGCAGGCGCGCGACGAGGCCAUGGCGGGCGCGCGGCGGCGCGGCGAGCCCGGGCCCGGGCCCGCCGCCAAGCGCGCGCGGCCCGAGGAGCGGCCCGACAAGCCGCUACGUCCCGGCGACCCCGGCUGGGUGGCGCGAGCGCGCGUCCCGACGCCCUCCAGCAAGGACUACGUGGUGCGGCCCAAGUCCACGUCCGAGGUCGACAUGUCCAGGGUAACAAAGAAGAAGAUGACCCGCUACGAGAAGCAGAUGAAGCGCUUCAUCGACCAGAAGCGCCUGCGCAGCGACUCGCGGCGCGCCGUCGAGAUCUCCAUCGAGGGCCGCAAGAUGGCGCUGUGAGCGUUCACUGUAUGUCCUUGUAACAUUAAGCUAUUGGUACGGCUCGGCUCGGGUAAUGUUACAGGCGGCGGUGCGCAUGCACUGGUAGUGCUUGGAGAUUGAGACCUCCGCGCGAGUAACUAAACAUAAUAAAGUUAAUUCGAAAAAUUAGCUCCAUGUUGUAAUGAUUCACGACAGUUUAAAUUUGAUUAUUUGUCAUAUUCCGCAAGUGAAUAUAAUUUGUAUUGCAUUGAACAUUUUAUAAUUUUAUUAAGUAGAUUUUACCGAAUUAUAGUAGGAUCAAAUGUCCUUAGACUCUAGAGUCUCGGUUACAUACGAGUGGUCCGAUGAGAUAUAAUUCCCACCAAAAAGAUCAGAGCGACUAAGCUGUUUACAAAUAUCUGAACACACCUCUACUCACAAGCAGUUAGUGUAUGUUUCCAUAUUACGAAUUACCUUGUAAGUACAUCAUUUUGAUGGCGAUUGUACAGUUACGUCUGAAAAUAUCGAUACGAAAAAAGUCCCAAAAUCAUGUAUACACAACAUUAUUGCCUCUAUAAUAAGGUGUAUACAUAUUUUGGCACUUUAUCGUCCGUAUCUAUAUUUUCAGACGUGACCGUACGUACGCAUUGACAUUUCAAUGUUCGGAUCGGCGCUGUGAGCUUCAGAUUCUAGUUUGAUUUUAUUUAGAAAUGUUUUAAUGAAAAAUAUACUUAAGUUAAUAUUUCUCAAAAACAACGUGAAUUUACGUAAAAGUUUUAGUUUGUUUGUUACCUUAUUGUUUAGUUCUUUUUGUCAAUGAUGUGCUAUUAAUGCAAUAUUGUAAUUAUAUAACUUAAACAUAAUUAUGAUGAUAUACAGGUGUAACGUCUGGCAACCAAAUAUUGUACACCUCUGUAAGGCAGGAUAUGGAGAACAUGACUCAUUUACCUAAGACCUUUGUAGAACCAUACAAUAAAAUAUUUUUGAUUUGAUUUUGAACAAAUGUAUAUCAAGCAUAAAACAUCAAUUUCCUGAAACAAGAUGUAGGGUAAACCGUCUAUUACUGGCCACCCUCCAAUUAUUGGUCACCUUGUAGUAAAAUGACUAAAAUAAAAAUUCUAUUUAUUUAUUUACACAAUUCAAGUAAACUAAAUAACUACCGUUCUGAUGAUUAACUUAGAUUGUGUGAUUAUUAAACAGAAUCCCUUUUAUUAUAAGGUGGCCAGUAAUUGGAGGGUGGCCAGUAAUAGACGGUUUACCCUAUUGGGUUUAUUCCGAACUUCCUUAAUAUAUCAAAAAAACCUCAAAAAUUGAGAAUAUUACUGGUUAAUCAUUUAAUGACCAUUCGCUGCCGUUCGGUCCGGUCGCUAGCAGGAGUUGUGUGCUGUGUUUCGGAAUUGUCCCGUAUCGUACGUAUUUGAGUUCUUGUCUUGUAAAGUAGUAAAGUGCCGUCACUGUGUCGGCACUGUGGCAAAUGUCGGACACAUCACAAAUAGUAUUGUGGUGAAAAUAUAUCUUCCAUAAUAUUUUAUUACGAAAUUGAAUAUUUGUUGCAAAAUGGAACUUUUUUAUAGAGUGACGCGUGCAAUGUUUGGACUGUUCCAUUUAUAUGAAACUGAUAGUUCCAUGGUAUAUGACUAUUUGCGGACCUCGUAUCUUUGCAACAAGGUAGAGGAGAGGUCAGUUAGUUAGGAAUAAAUGCGAGUUACGUCUAUCGUCGUCCUCAAAAUAACUUUUUAUGAUUGCUUUGUCGACAAGAGAAAUAAUUGUCGACAAAACAGAAAUGAAUUAAUAAGGAGGUUUACUCGGUAAAUAGUGCCAUCUAGAAGGCACGCUGCGUUGUAUGGAGUUUAAAUUUCUUUAUUGAUUUAUUUCUCUCUGGUUAAACCAAUUAUUUUGAGGUUAUAAACGUACCAAUUAAUGACGUAAGAAAGGGUGUGACAGAGUAAGUGGUCGCCGCGGCGCGCGGUGCGAGACGCGUGUAAAGUAAUAAUAUUAUAUAAGGCUUAUAUAAAUAAAUGACUCGUAAGUUGUAA